GCACAGAGAGAAGGAGAGAGGCACAGAGAGAGGGAGAGGCUCGGCUCAUGGCUUCUCUGGAUCACGGUCUCCUGCAGGAGGCGGAGGGCGGCGGCGGCGACAGUGACCGGAGUGGGGAUCCGGAGUCCGAGCCCGAGAGCGGGGAGGGCGAGGAGGAUGUGGAGGAGCUCUCCCUGGACAGGCCGGAGGGGGAGGGGGAGGAGGAGGAGGACGUCUUCUCUGAGGUGUCCGAGGAUGAGGAACCGUCUGAGGAUGACGACGAGGACCCGAGUCCCGGGGCCGCGAGCACCAGCGACCCCGACCCGCUGGCCGAUCUGCAGAAACACAUGGACUACCUGCGAGGCCUGCGGAUGAGGCUGCUCGCCAGGCUCUCGCGGGGCGGACGUACUAGCCUGCUACAUGACUCAGUGGAGUCUGAAUUUUUUGUGAUCGAUGGAGAUUCAUUAAUGAUUGAACAUGUGGAGGAUAGCACCUUUCGUCAUGGACAAAAUCUGCACCUUUUCUAUUUGGUGGAACGAUUUUUGGCUGACUUGACAAACAAAGGAGCAAAGUAUGUAAUCGUGUUCUUUAAGGAUGCUGAAUCUAUGUGGUCCAACAAUUUCUAUCUUCUUUCAUUACGUAUGGCACUAAUUCUUCAUCUUCAAAACAACACAGAGGUUCCUGUGUUUUCCGAUUUCACCAAUUGUUUCUCUUCAAAGUGGCAAGACUUCCUACAUGAAAACUACCCCUAUUUCAUAAUGAUCAGUGACCAGGCGUACCAUUUAGCUAACAAUAAAGAUGUGUGCACGUACAUGUUAGAUGUCUUCAUUUACCACACCCUGGGAAAUGAAAUCAAUGUUGUACUGACUUCUGGCAUGUGUUCGGAUGUUCGCCGAGUUUAUGGAUAUCACGUCACCAGCAAAUCGUCUGGUGUUGCAACAUUACAGAAGGGCCAGAAAAAAUUGGAACGUGCUUAUAAGGCCAUUGUGUCCACCUUAUCCAAGCAUUUCAUGAAUGAGUCUAUUGGAGAUGACCAAAAACACAGGAGAAAUAUGCAAGAAGAGGUGAAGCAGGACCUUUCUCAGCUACAGUGCUUAUUGCCUGAUGGCUCAGAUAUAAGAAGAUUGGUUUGUGUUGUUUCAUGCUCAGUGACUCUCAAAUGCUUCAUGAACACGUUGAAAACCACAGAAACCUCCCAAAUAGAAAAUGCUAAAACAGGAACUAGCAAUGUGGAAAAAGAUCAAGUUUUAUCAUUUGAAGAGGCGAAAGACUUGUGCCGUUUAUACUGUGUACAUGUGGCCUUAUUGAUUCACUUGCCAUUAACUGAACGAGCUCAGAAAACAACUGGAUUUGAAUGGUCCAAACCACUGUCUCAUUUUCUCGAAUUGCAAAAUAUGUGUGGAUACCUUACUCUGAAGAAUAUUGGUAGCACAAAGAAGUGGAGUCGCGACAUGAAGCAUUUAUGUGACUUGAGUGAUAAACUACUGUUCACAAACGUAGUUCUUCACAGCAGAAAAUCAGAUCUCACUGAGUUCAACAUCCAACUGGGAGAGGUGAUUGAAGGUGAAUACCAGCGACUGUGGGACACUGUGUCAAAGUUAGCCUCUGGCUGUGACAUUGGGAAAGCAUUCCCUUUGCAGGCGACUACACGAAACAUUUUGCAAGAAAAUGACCAUUCAGUGAAUGAAGGUCCACUGGAGGUCAUACCUGAAGUAGGAUUGAUACCUCUAAAUAUCCCUUUGGUGAAUGAGUAUGCUAGUGAUAUUCUGAAGGAUUUGUGCACAGUACGCAGUAAUACCCGCAUGAUGACAUCGCUAGCAAGAGGCAAGGAGUUUGAUGAACGUGUGCACUGGCAUUCUUCUAAAAAGCUCAGCGAUGAUUUUGAUAGGACCAAAUCAUCAACAAUGGGAGAAAAAUCCAAUGACCCCGAGGUGAGAAAACAAAUGCUGAGAAAUUAUCAGAAGCUUGUGCGAUUCCAUAGGUUGUACGGAUCAACACUGGAGGGCAACAUUACAAAAAAUAUUGUCACCACUGAGCAGGGGAUUGUGGCACCAAAGAAGCAGUCGUCCAAUGUGUCAGCUGGAAAAAGCAAAAAAUUACCUCCCAAGAAGAAAGCUGACAUAAUUGCUGAAGAAAACAUAAAGAAAAAACAGGAGAAGGAGGACCUUAAACUUAGGGACCAGUGGAAUUUAAUUUCCAGGAAUAUUACUAAAGAAAUCUUUGAGAAUUUUGACUAUGGAGUUAAAAAGUUGGACGAGUUUCUGAAGAAAUGCUCCGGGGAUACUGUGAAGCUGAUCGCCGAGAUGGAUGUGCUAGACAGCUGCUUCAUACUCUGGGUAGACCAUUGCCAAACUACAGAAACUGCAAAGAGAAAUAAUAAGAUGGCGGUUGAGGUGUUGAAACGGAUUCAGAAUAUUAUGGACAAAUACGAGAAAAUGCUGGAGAAAAAUCAACUGAAGCAGAUUUCUGCCUACCUCAAAGAACUUGGACUUAACAACUUAGCGCAGACCAUCCCAGACUUUGAUCAGAAACCUUUGAAGUCAAAGGCUACAAAAAAGAACAGCUGUGAAGUUGGUGUUGAAUCUGCCCGUUUCCAGCUCACUUACAUGGGUCCUUAUUUAAUCAGAGAAGAAAGAAGUGAUCCAGAUCCUCGAAUCACUCAUUUUAUACCAGAUACAUGGCAGAGAGAAUUGCUGGAUGCGGUUGACAAUAAUGAAUCUGCAGUGAUAGUUGCUCCAACCUCCUCUGGAAAGACCUAUGCCUCCUAUUACUGUAUGGAGAAAGUUCUUAAAGACAGUGAUGAUGGAGUAUUGGUGUAUGUUGCACCUACAAAGGCUCUUGUGAACCAAGUGAUAGCAACAGUCUAUAACAGAUUUAACAAGGCCUUGCCAGAUGGAAUGGUUGUGUGUGGUGUCUUCACUCGAGACUAUCGCCAGGAUGCUUUAAACUCUCAGAUUCUCAUCACCGUUCCUCAGUGUUUAGAAAUCCUCAUGCUCGCUCCUCAGCGGCAAGCUUGGGUGAAGAAGAUUAGAUAUGUGAUCUUUGAUGAGGUCCACUGCCUUGGUGGAGAGAUUGGUGCAGAAGUCUGGGAACAUCUUCUCGUAAUGAUUCGUUGCCCAUUUUUGGCUCUCUCAGCCACCAUUGGCAACCCAGAGGAUCUCGCCCAGUGGCUUCAGUCAGUGAAGCAUUACUGGGAGAAAGCUGAGAAGGCUUUGCAAAACCCUGUGAAGUUUGUUGGCAGCAAAAGGAAACAGAUGAAAAUGCCCAAAGACCAGAGGUCCUACAAAGUCAGACUAGUGACCUACGGAGAACGAUACAAUGACCUGGAAAAGUAUGUCUGUGAUUUUCAGACUGAUGGGGUUGACUUUGCUUCAUAUCACCCAUGUGCUGCUUUAACUCUACAGCAUAUUGAGAAGUACGGGUUUCCAUCAGACCUCGCACUCUCUCCACCGGAAUCCCUCCGAUUGUAUGACACCAUGGUUCAAAUAUGGCCAGCAUGGCCUCGGGCACAGGAAUUCUGUCCCGAAAGGUACAAGCUUUUCAAGGAUAAAAUCGUGAUUAAAAAGGGUGACGUGAGGAAAUAUGAGGCUGAACUCAAAAGGGAAUUUCUGAACUGGAUCAAAAACGGCCAGAAGGAGCAGGUUGCAGAGGUGUUAAACAAGCUGAAGCCGAAAAAGAAUAGAAUUUCAGACAAAAACAUGGUGACUCAUUUUCCACUGAUGGUGGAUUCCUUAAGGAAAAUGGAUAGAUUGCCAGCUUUGUUCUUCUCAUUUAGCAUUUCCACGGUCGAGCGCUUGGCGAAAGCGGUGUUCGUCCAUGCGACUGAGAAGGAGAGGUUGAAGCGGAAACCAGAUGAUGAGAAAAAGAGAAAUGAACUUGAGAACAAGCUUCGAAAACUAGCAAAGCGAGUCGGCAAAAAGCAGCCUUCUUCGGAGCCAAAGGUAUCCAUCAGCAAGGCUGACAACAUGGUACUCAAUGAAACUGAGCAAGAGAGACUACAGCAUAGACUUGAAGAGAUGAAUAAAAUCCCGGAAGACUGCACUUACGCUGUAGAAACUGCUGCAGAUUCCAAGCUUUUGCAGAUAAUCUUUCGCAGAUUGCAGUAUGUAACCACUGCUCCUCACAUGCGUUCGUAUUUGGAGAGAGGAAUUGGCUACCACCACAGUUCGCUCAACACCAAAGCAAGACAAGCUGUCGAGAUGCUUUUCAGACUUGGAUUUGCCAGGGUGGUGACUGCGACUGGAUCUCUUGCUUUGGGUAUUAAUAUGCCGUGCAAAACUGUGGUCUUUCUGGAUGAUUCAGUAUUUCUGGAUGCCUUGCAGUACAGACAGAUGUCUGGACGAGCUGGCAGAAGAGGUUUGGAUGUGAUUGGUAAUGUACUUUUCUACAAUAUCCCAAUGCCCAAAGUACAAAGGCUCCUGAAAGCAAGUGUGCCUACACUGAAGGGACAGUUCCCAAUAAACGUUUCUCUUGUACUUCGGCUUAUGCUGUUGGUGGCUAUGGCUGAUGACAAGAUGGAUGCACAAGCUAAGACAUUGUCCUUGCUGCAACAUUCUCUGUUGUAUUAUAAUCAGCCAAAGAACCAGGUGGUGUUGAAGCUGUACUUCCUGUUCUGCACACAGUUUCUUGUCCAGGAGGGUUUCCUGGAUCAAGAAGGGACACCACAUGGAUUUGCAGGACUGGUGACCCACUUACAUUAUCAUGAGCCGGCUAAUUUUGUCUUUGUGAGCUUCCUGGUAAAAGGUCUAUUUCACAAGAUCUGCUCCCAGCCACAGGAAUCAGCGGGAAAAGAUGCACCCCGCUUUUCUGAAGAAGUGAUGGAGACCUUAGUUCUGAUAUUAGCAAACCUCUUUGGAAGGAUAUAUCUGCCAUCAUGUUCCACUGAGGAGGGCUGGGCUAAAUUUCACCAAUCAAAGGUGUUCCUGGAUGACCUCCCUCAAGAAUUUGCAGAUGCAGUUGACGAAUACAACCAAUCCAUCCAGGAGACCUUUGGAUGCUUUCUUCUUUCUGCCUCAAAGCAGGCUGACAUGCUGGAAGAAUGCCAGCUUCCUCUGAGCAGAAUAACUUCUUCAGGUGUCCAACGCCUGCCAGCUGGUGAAGGCACAUUAGUAGCAGAUAUGACCACUCCUGGAAAACAUCCCACCAAUGCUGUGUCACCAUUUGCACGUUUAUCUGGCAUUACCAACAUGGAUCUUUUCCAAACAUAUCACGUAGACAAUAUUGCUUUGCGCACGAUUGACAUUAACUCAAGUAACAUCCCUUUGCUCGGACUGAAGAAAUAUGACAGCCAAGGCAGGAAAAUGCCAUUGAACGCAUAUGCCCUGGAUUUUUACAAGCAUGGCUCUUUAAAGGCUUUGAUGAAUGACAACAUGUUGCAUCUGGGAGAUGCCUAUGUCAUCCUCAAUGACUUUCGUCUCGUUCUUAAUUCAAUCAGAACCUCCCUCAAAGAACUCUGCGACAACAAAGAGGACCACGUGGUGUUGGCAUUUGAACAACUGAAUGAGUCCUACUACCAAAAAUUCGAAAAGAUAAAAAGUUAAUGUCCUGGUUCCCACAUUCAUUAUACCACACCAAAAAAAAACAAAUCUGGAUUUUUGGUUGUAACUUAUAUGGCAUUGAAAUUCUAAGUUGUACGCGCAAGACUAAUUACUCCACAUACUUUAAUCUUAAGCUUAAUUCUUUUUUAAAAGUAGACAUUGUAGUAAUUCAGCUGAAACCUUAUUGCACUGAGCACAAAAAAUUCUUUGGGUCAACAGAAUUCAAUGUUGAUACAAAUUUAUCUUCCUACCCCAUCAAUAGUUUUGCUACCUGGUAGGAAAAUCAUAAAUUUAUUGCUUCCUCUUCUGCACCUAGCCAAACCUUCAGGUUCAGUCAGAGCGGGAGGUGAAAUCAGAUCAGUCAUAUUUCCCAUUAAAACAGUGAGGCUCCUUGCCCUUCCUCACAUUUGUCAAGUUGAUGGUUUUGUAGUAGUAACAAACCAUGUGGUCGGAGAAACUGUUUAAAUGAUGGACUUCUCCAGCCAGCGAAGGUUUUUAAAAAAAUCUUUUUUGCAAGACAUGUAAAAGGGGGAAGCACUUGAAAGCCCUCCCCCAUCUUUCUCCCCCGCACCCCCCUACCCACACACACAGUAACAUUCCUCUUUAAUGUGCACAUACAGAAUUCGGGUGAUACUUGGGGUAAUUUGACGAAGUAGCUGUCUGUCUGCAGCUCUCUGUAUUUGAACAGAAUCUGCUGUGAGUGUACAGUUCCCUUACCCUAUGGUUUUGUUUCCAAAUUUAACUAAGAGCUCCUCCAAUGUCCUAGUGGGUAAAGGGUACCGUCCAGUGCUGUACUAAGCCACAAAAGACCAGAAGCUUGCAGGUUUGAAUCCUGGUCUGCUGAGGACCAGGCUACAAUUGACUUCAAUUGCCACUUGGUUAGGAAAAUCAGUAAGGCUUCUUAUGAUUGCUCAUCCAGAGACUCUCCCCUUCUAAAGGUGUGUACAUGUAUAUGUAGUUGGGUGCGAACAAGAUUGGAAUCCACCAUGAUGCCCUCUGCAGUAAAAUAGACCAACAAUCAAAGUUUGCACAUGAAGAAUGCUUCCUUA